AUGCCUGACAGCCAGCAGCUACAACACCGCAAAGACGGGGGCCCAUCUACCAUCGAUCAAUGGAACAAAUCCAUCGCAAUCCCUGGUCCCAUCCGGGGCCUGAAUACCCCCACGACCAAAAACGCCGUUCAGAAGGCGAAAACGAAUUCCAGCGCUCCCACGGCCGCCAUGAGAUCGAGCAGCAGCCCCGAGAUCCUCCUAAACGGCUCCGACGACGUACGCAGGUCACUAAACCGCCCAACCUUCGAGGACCUCCGCGAGGCCGCCCCAACCGCGCACGUCGUCCUCUCUGCUGCCCAGACAGUUACCACCUCGACGCUCAACUUCGCCCUACACCACCCAAACUUCAUGAAGCGCUACGCCUUCCCCUUUGCGCUGAACGUCUUCUCGCGGCCCUUGAUCUCGCUCUUCCCGCUCGGUCCCUUGGGUCCGAUUCUAGCGUUUGUGGCGGUGGCGUGCGGGCGGUUCAGGUUGCGGCAGGAGCUCAUGGGGGGCGGGUACGCGGCGCUGCAUGCGGUGGGGAUGGCGGGGGUCAAGGGGCAGGCGCUGAGUUUGCUGGGGCUGGUGGGGUUGGAGGCGACUGGAUCUAAACGCCUCCGCGACACCUUCAACGCACUGAUGGAGUCCAACGUCGGGCUCCGCACGCAGGUCAUCGGGCUUGCCAUCGCAACGGUGUCUACUUCGACAGGCGCGUUGGGCAGCCUGGGUUCCAUGCUCGGCGCGCGCGCGAUGAGUCUGCUGUUCAAGGAGCUGCGGUCCUUUGCCACCUUCUAUGGGCUGAAGUGGGCGGCGACAAACCUGCAGACGCUGUGGCGGAUGUUCUGCACGUCCAGCGCAGUAGUCAAGUCCUCGUUCCUCAGCUACGUGCUCCAGCGGAAGGAGGACGGUAGUGCACCGGAAGGCAAGGCCAGGGUCGACGACGACGCGAAGCGCAUGCGGUGGGUGCGCAGCACGCUGGAGCAGAUCGCCACGCGCAUCCCGCAGUUCCCCGUCGAGGCGGUCACGCCAAAGCUCGCGGCUGUGUUGAAGGCGUGGGAUCUGGAGAAGGAGUCUGGCGAGACCAGCGGCGAGGCUAUAGAUGAGUGGAUUGAGAUUGAUGCUGAUGAUGAGAGCUCCAUUUGGGGUGACGUUGAGCAAAAGAAGCGCAAAGACAAGGUGGCAAAGACACCGAAUACCGCUGCCUUUGCUUCUGCGGGUCGGUUGUCCGUUGAAGACUUCAGCCAUCGGCGUUCACGCGCAGAAAACGCAGGUUUCCUGGAGCAGGUUGCUCGCGAGGCCUUCGUCAAGUCAGGGAUGAGCGAGGACAUAACUGCCAGGCUCGCCAAGAUGGGAUUCGGUGCGGGACAACCUUGGAGCAUGGAGGUAGAGGAGGUAGACAGCGAUGUUGACGAGUACAAUGAUGGUAUUGAGGUUGUUGAUCUUGGUCACACCUAA